CCACCUAACAUCGCUGCUCGUACCGCGUCACACGGCGCUUGUCAGCACCUCUUCCGCCUGUCAAUCGAUUUUCGCUCGGCUGUCGCUUCCCCUUCGCCUCCCCGAGCAGCCAUGGCGUGCGGCGUCACGCUCGUCGCGCUGCUGCUCGCGAUGCCCGCGCUCUCAGCGGCGUCCACGGUGCGUUUCCACGUGCUGCCGCACCCCAAGUGCGUGGGCGACGACAUCCGCAGCACCACGCUCAUUGCCGGCUCGUACGCCGUGGUGCCGGCCAGCCACGCGCAGCCCUUCACCGUGGAUGUGUCGGUGACCUCCCCAGGCGGCACGCACGUGCACCUGAAGGAGGGCGUGGGCGAGGGGCAGUUUGGGUUCACGGCGGACGAGAGCGGCGAGUACUCGCUCUGCUUCUGGCUGCACGGCCAUGACGUGGGCCGCCACGACGACGGCCGCCACCAGCUGGACGUCACUUGGCGCACGGGGCAGGCGGCCUCCCACGUGCAGCAAGCCGCCACCAAGGAGCGGGUGGAGAGCUUUGAAUGGGAGGUGAAGCGCCUGGAGGGGCUGGUGGAGGCGGCGUCCAACGAGAUGCUCUUCUUCCAGGAAAGGGAGCAAGAGCUACGGGGCAUGUCCCAGGCAACGCAGACACGGGUGGGCUGGCUGAGCGCCUUCUCACUCCUCACAUGCACACUGUUGGCUGCUCUGCAGUUCUGGCAUCUUAAGACGUUUUUUGAACGGAAAAAGGUCCUAUAAUGUGGUGUGUCUCAAUACCGUAAUCAUCCGGAUAUUAGCGCAUAUGUGCUCAUAGGGAAUAGGUUAAAAUAGCCACAUGCGCUUGUAAUCGAAUAAAUAUAUUAAGUAUAUCGGCAAAUUAAAGGGAUUUUAUGGAAAACGGAUGUCAAAACUCUUCCGUCUUUUCUCCCCUCUCAUCUUCAGCUCUCCUCCUCCUCCUCCUCUGUCGCUGACCCCAUAACUCC